AUGUCAAUAUUUAGACGUUCCAAACCUAAACCAGAAAAUGGAGUAAAUAAUUGUUAUAGUAUAUUUUUAAAUGAUCCAAAGAUGACAUUUACACAAGGAAGGAAAUACCCAAGCAAUUAUAUUCGAACUACAAAGUAUACAUUGCUCACAUUUAUUCCAAAGAAUUUAUUUGAACAAUUUAGAAGAAUGUCAAACUUUUAUUUUCUUUGUGUGCUUGUGGUUCAAUGUAUUCCACAAAUCUCCCCACUUAUUCCUCUGACCAGUAUUCUCCCACUUUCAUUUGUAUUGUUAAUUACUGCUAUUAAAGAAGCUCUUGAAGAUUAUGGACGAUAUCAAUCAGAUCAAAAGAAUAAUAGAGAGGUUUAUAAUAUUGUUAAAAAUGGACAAUUGUUACCAAUUUAUAGUAAGGAUCUAAGAGUUGGAGAUAUUGUAAAGAUUUCAAAUACUCAGAGAUUCCCUGCCGAUAUGGUCUUGUUGGCAUCAACCAAUGAAGAAGGUUUAUGUUAUGUUGAAACUUCAAAUUUAGAUGGUGAAACCAAUUUAAAGGUUAGAAAAUCAUUAUCGGAAACCAAUGGAUACCAAACUUUGGAGGAAAUAUCAACUCUUAGAGGAAGUGUAGUUUAUGAAACACCAAAUGAAAGAUUAUAUCGUUUCAAUGGUAGAUUUGUACAACAAGGCCAAGAAACUUCAAUUGUCUCUUUAAAUCAUACAAUGUUUUUACAAAGAGGAUCACAAUUACGUAAUACAAAGAGUGUAUUUGCAGUUUGUGUUUAUACAGGAGUUGAUACAAAAUUAUAUUUAAAUCAACAACCUCCACCAUCGAAAUUCUCAACGGUGGAACGUUUGUUGAAUCGAUUGAUUCUCUAUACUGGCACACUCACCGAGAAUGAUAUGCGGUUCUGCAAGUGUUCGGUUGGAUUGGACGUGUUUGAUGAACGUGAGAAUACGGGUGGGUUGGCCACCUCUUUGGCUGCACAGGCGUCUGUGCGUAGCUCGCGUAUCCAGUCGUUCUUACGUGUACUCUCAUUAUGCCAUACUGUCGUGUCCGAGUUGGAAGAAGCGACUGGAAACAUCACCUAUCAGUCACAGUCACCUGACGAGUUGGCACUUGUCCAGACCGCACGAAACAAUGGAUACUUUUUCGUGAAUCGAAAGAGUGAUGAGAUCAUUGUACGCGAGAAUGGCGUGGAUACUGCGUAUGCGUUGUUGGCUAUCCUCGAGUUCUCGUCGGCCCGUCGUCGUAUGUCGGUCAUUGUGCGCACACCCGAGGGUGGGAUCAAACUCCUCUGCAAGGGUGCCGAUAUGGCCAUUUCCUGCCGGUUGACAUCCCGCGACCGCCACUCGUACCACGAAGAGACACUCAACUACCUCAAGAUCUUCUCAAGAGAGGGUCUGCGUACUCUGAUGCUCGCCGAGCGCGACCUCACCCAAGACGAGUUUGACGAGUGGAAGCACUCGUUCCUGCAGGCCACCACGUCGCUCGACAACCGUGAGGAGCGCGUCGAAGCAGUCUGCGAGCUCAUUGAAAAGGACAUGGUGCUCGUCGGCACGACCGCCAUCGAGGACCGACUCCAAUGCCACGUCCCCGAGACCAUCAGCUACCUCUUGGAAGCCGGCAUGCACAUUUGGGUGCUCACAGGCGACAAGCAAGAGACAGCCGUCAACAUUGGCUACUCGUGCCGUCUCUUUGACCCGGCCAUGGAGCUCAUCUUUGUCAACACCGAGACAAGCGAGGAGUGCGGCCAGAUCCUCGACAGAUACAUUGCGCUGCUGCCCCCAGAGAUUGAGGAGCGUACUGGUUUGCUCGGGUUCAUUGGCGGUAGUUCCAGCUCAAACAACAACAAGUCGGCCGCACCGUCGAACCUCCCGGGCGCACUCAACGACCAGGUCAUCGCGCCACAACUCCAACUCGAGUAUGGUCUCGUCAUUGAUGGAAACACCCUGGCCUUUGCACUGGCCGAUCACAAGGACAAGUUCUUGCGGUUGGGACGUGCCUGCAAGUCGGUCAUCUGCUGUCGUGUGACUCCACUCCAAAAGGCGUUGGUUGUGCGUGUCGUCAAGGAGAGUGAGAAAAAGAUAUCGCUGGCUAUUGGCGACGGUGCCAAUGACGUGUCGAUGAUUCAAGAGGCACAUGUCGGUAUUGGUAUCUAUGGCAAAGAAGGAACACAGGCUGCACGUGCAUCGGAUUAUUCGAUACACCAAUUCUCACAUCUCAAACGACUACUCUGCGUACACGGUCGUUUCUCCUCGUUGUUUACAGGUCAGACCAUCUUUGAUUCUUGGAUUAUUACAUUCUACAAUAUCCUCUUUACCUCUCUACCACCUUUCUUUUACGGUCUAUUUGAACGUGAUAUUGAUGAGGAGUCCAUUAUGGAGAAUCCCCAAAUCUACCGUCGUCUCCAAUCGUCCCCUCUCUUGACACGUCGAUCAUUCUUCCUUUGGAUCAUUGCCGGUAUCUGGCAUUCUUUGGUUGUCUACUUUUCCGUCCGUUUCCUCUUUGACAAUGAUAUUGUCAAUAGCAACGGACUCACUGCUGGCAUCUGGUCCUACGGUACACUCAUCUCCACCUCGUCCAUUCUCAUAGCCAACCUACGUAUGGCACUCGAGGUUAGAACUUGGAAUAUUUUCACUGGUAUCGGACUUGCCAUCUCCCUCUUAUCCUAUUUUGUAAUGUUAAUGUUUUAUGCCUACUUUUUACCUCUUAGUCCAAAUAUGUAUGAUAUAUUUAGUUUUGAAUUAAAGACUAUAACAUUCCACCUUGUAAUUAUUAUUUCUGUAUUUAUUGCAUUGGUACCAGAUUUUGUUAUUAAAUAUUAUAAAUGGCAAUAUCAUCCAUUGGAUGUCCAAAUCCUUACGGAAAGAAGAGGAAUUAAACAAGAUAUUCAAUUAACAGAAUUAUCUAGUAAGAGGGCUCAAGCCUAA